UCGUCUUUUGGUUAUGGCUUCUAAGCACUCUCUUCAGCUGUUAGAGAUGCUCAUCUUCCUCAUAAGCUUUUUGGCUCUUGCUAAGCUAGCUUUAAUGGCAGAUUGUGUCCCGGAAAAUUUUAACCGCACUUAUUUUCCAGAUGACUUCAUUUUUGGGACAGCCACUUCUGCUUACCAGAUCGAAGGUGCAGCAAACAUAUCAGGCAAAGGACCUAGUGUUUGGGACACAUUUACUCAUGAGUAUCCAGAAAGGAUAAAGGAUCACAGCACCGGAGAUGUUGCAGUUGAUUUCUAUCACCGCUACAAAGAAGAUAUACAAAACGUGAAGAGUAUGGGUUUUAAUGCUUUCAGAUUCUCCAUUUCCUGGCCAAGAGUUAUACCUAGUGGAAGAAGACGUGAAGGAGUGAACGAGGAAGGGAUUAAAUUCUACAACAGUGUUAUCAAUGAAACUAUAAACCAAGGUCUUCAGCCAUUUGUUACUAUUUUUCAUUGGGAUACUCCUCAAGCCCUAGAGGACAAGUAUCGUGGCUUUUUAAGCCGGAAUAUCGUGGAAGAUUACCGUGAUUAUGCAGAUCUUCUCUUUGAAAAAUUUGGUGACAGAGUGAAGUUUUGGAUGACUUUCAAUGAACCAUGGUCUCUUAGUGGAUUCUCAUAUGAUGAUGGAGUUUUUGCUCCUGGUCGAUGCUCAUCUUGGGUGAAUCGUCAAUGUCGUGCUGGAAACUCAGCCACUGAACCUUACAUAGUUGCCCAUCAUCUACUUCUUGCUCAUUCUGCAGCUGUACAAUUAUAUAGAGGAAAGUACAAGGAAACUCAAAAUGGCCAGAUCGGGAUCACAAUUUUUACCUUCUGGUUUGAACCUCUCUCCAAUAGAGCAGAAGAUAUUGAAGCAUCCAAAACAGCGCUUGACUUCAUGUUCGGAUUGUGGAUGGAUCCUCUGACCUAUGGUCGAUAUCCAAGGAUUGUGCGAGAUUUAGCUGGAGAUAGAUUGCUCAAUUUUACUGAGGAAGAAACUCAUUUGCUUAGAGGAUCAUAUGAUUUUCUUGGGUUACAAUACUACACAUCAUAUUAUGCAAAGCCAAAUGCUCCGGUUGAUUCAGAUCAUAUUAGAUCAUCAUAUUAUGCAAAGCCAAAUGCUCCGGUUGAUUCAGAUCAUAUUAGAUAUAAAACUGAUAGUCACAUCACUGAAACUCCUUAUGAUUAUGAUGGUAAUCUCAUUGGUCCACAGGCUUAUUCGUCUUGGUUUUACAUUUUCCCGAAAGGUAUCCGACAUCUUUUAAACUAUACCAAAGAUACAUACAAUGAUCCAGUAAUUUAUAUUACUGAGAAUGGAGUCGACAAUUUGAACACUGAAAUUGACAAAGCUGGUGAAGAGAACAUAACUGCAGCACUUAAAGAUGAAUUCAGGAUAGAUUAUUAUAGAAAACAUAUGUGGAAUGCUUUAGGGUCCCUCAAGGAUUACCAUGUUAAUCUCAAAGGUUACUUCGCAUGGUCAUAUCUGGACAACUUCGAAUGGAAUAUUGGUUAUACUUCAAGGUUUGGUUUGUACUAUGUAGACUACCACAACAACCUGACAAGAAUCCGCAAAAAUUCAGCUGACUUUUUCGAGAAGUUCCUGAAUCCACUAAAUACUUCAGAAAAUAUCGCCCAGAUUACUUCAGAGUAUUCAAGGAAGAUUGGGAAAUUCUACGUAAUGUAGCCUGUGUUGUGCCUUGUAAAGGUGCCAUAUCAAUCUGUGUUGCAAUUAAAUAAUAUCAUCACUGGGCUACUUCUAAGCUCCUGUGAUGCUGUGUGUCCCCUACGAGAGUUCCAAGCAUGACUUGUUGUAUUGCUAUUCUAUCUUUGAAAUAAAUGUAUUUUCCUUUUGA